AUGAACUAUGUGCGAAUUUUGAGAAAAUCAAUAGCCGUGUCCAGAGAUAGAACAAUUCAUAUCUUUCGCCGGUCAAAAGGAUCAGAGCACUGGUUGAAAAGGAAUGAGGAUGAAAGUCCAAGGCCCUGGGGCUCUUUCGAUAGCCUGAGGGAGAAGAGAGAUGUUUCCUAUACGGAUUCUGAUAGGGGAGGAAAUGAGACGAGUCAGAGUGUUGGCAGUGGCCGACCGAAGUUGAACAUACAGCCGAUUUCAUUGCCGGUGGGUAAGGGCCAGAAAGAAGAGGUGGCCGGCAUGGUUGAGUUGAAGAGUAGCAAUCCUUUUGACCGACAGAGGAGGUACCCGGCUCUCUACGGAAGUGAUGAUAGGAUCCAGGCGUUCAUGGCCAAGCUUGGGGAUACUACAUUACUCCGUCGGGGCUCGACCCUCUGCCGUCGGCGACCUUCGCCACUCACGAGCCUGAAGGGACCGCCGCACGACCAUAGCCAUCCUCUUCAGUCGCCGAAACCGCCGUGCCGCUCCACCCAGUCGAAAGGCGAGUGGAACCCCGCAGCCCUCCGCUGCCAGCUUUGCGCGGCCGUGUCUAGUAAAACACGAGAUGCGGCCGACAGUCGUGAAGCCGUCGCUCACCCGUGGCUGUGGUCGACCAAAUUGGGUCAAUGGCAGAGCCCGAUGGCAGCCUCCGGGUCUCCAACAGCCGCCAAGUUGCUCCGCCGCUCGUAUCUCUGCGACAGACGUUGUUGGCCGUCGAGGUUGGCGGCGAGCCACCUCCCAUUCGAGAUCGAAUACACUCGGAGAAAACCCUCAGAAGCCAUGAGUGUGUGUGCGCGCGCGAGGGAGGAAAAACGAGAUUUAAUCGAGUGA